AGCUGCGGCAGCGCAAGAGGGGGCGGUUUGGAGAGGGCGCGGCUUCUGGGAGGGGAACGUGUGACACGCAUUCCCAGUGCUGCCUCGGGCCAUCCCGGAGCCUCGCAGCUCGUUGUCCCACUUGGCCACUGGCUCCGUGAUCCCUCCUUGCGCCUGCCUCGUCUUGUCACCUCCCGUCUCACCCUCCUCGCUCCAUCCUCCACCACCUCAUCCACAGCCAUCUGAGCGAGCGCGCCUCUGAGAGCAGGAGGUACUGCUCCGGGCUUCAGGGCGCGCCCUCCAAAGGUCCCCAGCUCGGCAUUCGGGACCCCGCGGGCGACAGCAUGGACACCAAGCGCUGCUUCGCCAACCGCUUCGAUGACUACCAGGGCAGCCUGCUGGCGGGCCAGUGCGAGGAGGCAGUGGCGCCCUUGGUCACCUCCACCAUCGAACGCAUUCUUCAGGAGCUGCCCCCACUCGGGGGCGGCGCUGAGGCUCGGGGGGCGACAGGCGCAGGCAGCAGCUGCCAGGGGGGUCUGUACAGCGGCGUGGCCGGAGUGGCCUACAUGCUCUACCACGUCUCCCAGAGCCCGCUUUUCGCCGCCGCCCGGGAGCGCUACCUGCGCUUCGCCAAGCGCCUCAUCGACGCGUGCCUCCGCGCCGAGGAGUGGGGCGAGACGGACGCGGACACCCGCGCUGCCUUUCUGCUCGGGGGCGCGGGCGUGUAUGCGGUGGCCACGCUGGUCUACCACGCCCUGGGCCGCCCCGACUACGUGCAGCCCCUCGGCAAGUUCCGGGCUCUGUGCGCCGUCUGCGCGCCGGUCUCCUUCCUGGACUGUGGCUCCGACGAGCUGUUCGUGGGUCGCGCCGGCUACCUGUGCGCCGCGCUCGUGCUCAAGCAGAAGCUCGCCCAGGAGGUAUUGACCCCAACACAAAUUAAAGCAAUAUGCCAGGCGAUUCUGGACUCUGGAAAGCAGUAUUCUCUGAAGAAGAGAAAACCAUUCCCCCUGAUGUAUUCUUACUAUGGAACGGAAUACCUGGGGGCAGCUCACGGCCUGUCGUCCAUUCUCCAGAUGCUCCUUUCCUACCAGGAGCAUCUCAAACCUUCAGAUCGGGAGCUGGUGUGGCAGAGCGUGGACUUCCUCAUGGAACAGGAGCAGAAUUGCAACUGGCCACCAGAGCUUGGCGAGACCAUCGAGAGAGAGAAUGAACUUGUCCACUGGUGCCACGGCGCUCCAGGAAUUGCUUAUCUGUUUGCCAAAGCUUAUCUCAUUUCCAAGAAACCGCAGUACCUGGACACAUGUAUCCGGUGUGGGGAGCUGACAUGGCAGAAAGGCCUGUUGAAGAAGGGGCCAGGAAUUUGCCAUGGUGUAGCUGGCAGUGCCUAUGUCUUCCUUCUUCUGUACCGUCUUACAGGAAACUCGAAAUAUAUCUACCGUGCCCAAAGGUUUGCUCAGUUCUUAUUCACUGAAGAAUUCAAAGCCGGUUCUCGGGUCCUUGAAAGCAUCUACAGCUUGUACGAAGGCUUCUCUGGAACUGUUUGCUUUCUCAUUGAUCUACUGCAGCCCAAUCAGGCAGAAUUUCCUCUCUUCAGCGUCUUUGUUUAAAAGGUUCCAUCUCCCCUUUCAGUCAGCGGAAGUCCCCUGAGAUUUCCUGAACCUCCUCUAGGCAGUUUUCCUUGUAAUCCACAUCCAAUGGUCUCAGGACCAUGAGCCUUCCCAUUGCUGCCAGAUGGCUGAGAUGAGUCUGAUGAAGAUAGCGUGAUGCCAGACUGCAGAGAGAGCCUGUCAAACCAAGAUGCCACAACUCAUCUAAAAAGCACUGAUUUAAUGUUUCAGGGGAGAGAUGGCCAACUCAAGAUCAGAGAGAAAAGGGGGAAAACAUUUAAUGUUUUUCAGUUUGUGACACAAAAGGCAAAAGUGAACUACAAAUGACAGGGAUAAAAUGCCAACACUUCCAAAACUGAGCAACAAAUGUGACCAUCUAUGUAUGCCCAGUACCCCUACAUUCAGAAGUAAAGACAGCCAGAAUCUAAACGAAUUUUUCCCUGUUAAAAACUGUUAGCAGGGAUCAAGUGUCAAGAUGAAGGACAUGAAAAGAAACCAUUGGCUGUCCUAGGACUUUACUUACUGAAAUUCAUAAUUCUUUUCUUAGUGGAGAUAUAUGAAUAUGUAGGCAGGAUUUUUAUUUUAUCUUAUUUUUUGACCACUAUUCUGGGCACUUUAAAAAACAUCAUAUUACAACAUAUUUUGAACACUGAAAUUUGAAGCUGCCUUAGGCCUUAGGAUGUCUCUUUUUCCUAGUUGCUUUUUUCUUUGCUAGAGCUCAGAAUAGUAAGCUUCAGGGCAGGAAGGAGUGUAGCUUAGAGACAGGGUUGGAGCUUACUAUCUCAGGGUGUAGCUUGUUUAGCAUGCACAAGGCCCCUGGUCCAUGCCUAGCACCACAAGCAGGCAAAAGACAAAACAACAACAAAAGAAGACAGAAAAAUUUGUAUCUAGCAAACAAAUGUCACUAUCAUGUUUUUCUCAAUUGAACAUGUGACCUGGAUGUUGUGAAUGCUAGUAAUUUUUCAAAUGUCUUUAUCUUUGUAAUGUCUAUGAAGCUAUUAGAUUGUAAACUAUGCUCUCCAUGAAAAUCAAUCAUCUCAAACAUCAGGGUAACUUACCACAAAGGUAAGUCAUUUCUGUAUAUCAUAGAAGUCUGUGAAAGACAUGGGGUGAGAAAACUUGAAAUGGUUCUCGAAAGAAUGUUGCUCCAUUUCAUCCUAUUACAUUGAGUGGAAUGAACUCCCUGGCUCUUCACCUCACCUUGCAAAAAACACAGGGCACACUAGAGAUUGUCUAUCACGACAGUUGAUUCUAGUUACCAUAUCUAGUUUACUUCUGCUACAAACACAAGUUAUAAAAAUGUUUCAAGUCCAUAGUGGAUUGCUGAACACCAAUAGGAGCAACUGUUAAUAUGCAGAACAUGAGAUUGCCACAGUCCUGAUAUUUAACCACUGAAGUUCAGACAUCAUAUUUAGAAGACAGUUGUGCCCUAUACAGUGUCAUUAUUUGUAGUCAUUAGAUAUUUGGAUAUGUUUCUAUACAUAAGUACAUGUGUGUAUAUGCUACAUCUAUCCCCAUAUAAACUGAAGCACUAUUUGAACUGUAGAUAGACUUUUUGAGGAAUUAGGUAAGAGUCUGCUGCCUGGAAACAUUUGUGUGUGUGCUGGCUUGUGGAGCUAUAUGAAGCAAUGGAUUUGUGUGGGUUUCCAUGCAUGUUGUAUGUGUGAUUCUAUUUUGGAAAAGAGGACCUCUUGUAUCUAUAAGAUUCUCAAUGAAUCUUACCAAAGAAAAGAACUGUUUUUUUUUUUUAUAUUUUGUGGCUCUUUGUAUGUUUACAAUCGUCAACACGAGCUGGGACAAAAUAAUUUUUGUAAAAUAUGUACCUUGUUGGCUUAUUGUCCCAUUUUCAUACCCUCGGAUUUCAACAUAUAAAAUUGUCUUUAAUUGCUUAUCUGUGAGAAGAGUGUUUGUGGGAAAGCUUAAAAUUCGACUUCAGAAGUUCUUUCUUGAGGAGAAAAAGCACCUUUUGGAAAGCCUUAAGGAAGAUGCUAUCCACAGAAUGGUCUUCUUUUUGGAUGGACAGUGGCAUGCCCCUAACCAUCCCAUUUUAAAUACAUUUUGCAUAGGCCCUACAGGCUACAGAUAUUAACUAUCCAAAAUUAGGGCAUAGGAUGCAUAGAUGUGUUGUAUCUGUUAUAUUUCUAGGAGCUUUAGAAACAACUGGAAAUACCUUUUGAAGUUGUGGUAGAGUGAUUAUAGUUUUGUGCUGAUCACUGUGAAAAGGUCACUCUUUGUAUAUCACAUCUAAAAAAGGGUCAUGUUUGGGUGUGGUCUUUCUGUAAGUACUACCUGAAGAUUUAUAACUAGGCAAAGAACGUAUGCACAGGCAAAAGGUGUAACUCACUAGUAGGAGACUUACCUAGCAUGUGUGCUGCCCUAGGCCCACCAUCAGAAACAAAAGAAGAGAAAGGAAAGGAAAGGAAAGGAAAGGAAAGGAAAGGAAAGGAAAGGAAAGGAAAGGAAAGGAAAGGAAAGGAAAGGAAAGGAAAGGAAAAGACACAGUUAGAAGGAAACAGAAAUGCCCAGAGAACCAUGGUAGAAAUUCCAAAGCCUUGUUUGCAGCUUUCUUGGGGGCACUGUAUAUAGUGGGCGCCUUGUAUAUGUCACAGGAUUGCCACAGGGUUAUUUGUUAUAUUAUUUGUAACAUACAGGCUCUUUAUUAUUUAAAAAGACUUCUAUAUUUUAGCUCCUACUAUGUGCACAGAAAAUUAAGAUCAGUUGAUAUUAAAAACCAACCACAUGUCAUAUGUCGAUGCAGUGCUUAAGGUCCAGCUCAUUAGAUGGGUAAAAUCCAAGCAUAUAUACAUUUUAUAAUCUACACCAAUUCUGACUAUGGUGUUCGCACCUCAGACGUUUCUGAAUUUACCCCAGAAUGAUGGCUUCUGUGGCCUAGCAGCACUUUUUAAGACAAAUGACCUCAAGGUCAGUUGCUGCAAGACUUGGGAUUAUUCUGUAGUCAGAUUGCAAGUUCAGGGCAAGCUGCCACAAGAAUGCCUGUGCAGUGAGAAUAAGGGAGUGGCUGCAUGUAUCUUCCACUCCAUAAAAGGGGUUGGUCAUAGUGUUUUUAGUGCCAUAAAAGACAAAAACUAAAGGAGUUCCUACAUGGACUUUGACUGGAAGUACAAUCUCCUCCCUUACUUUGUAAAUUGAAAGUAUUAAUGAACUGGGGCUUUAGGGUCUUACAUAGAGACAUAGCUCUUUCAAAAGAACCCCAAUACACUCCCUCUUCUCAUGCUUUCAGAAAUGACAAGUAUUACAAAGGAAUGGAGAUGGGGAGAAAUAUCCGAGUGUGUUUAUGUGUAAACAGAAUUCAUACAUAUAGAAUAAUGCAGUUCUGCUGAAUUUUUCUUCUUUUUUUUGUGUGUUAUAUGUUCUUCGAUGUAUAAUCUUGCAUUGUGUGUGAAGCAGUUGUGACUUAGCAAUCAGUUAAAAGAAGAUAUAAAUUCUAUACGAGUCUACUGUUUUCAACAAAUGUCCUUAUUACAACACAUUUUAAUGGGAUGUCUGAUACCAUCCCCUGAUGUUUUAAUAUCUGUGUGUAAGUGGCAAUUAUCAGUAAAAUAAAUUAUGCCACUGAAUUUGGUUCAAGUUGAUGUAAUAAUACUUGUGUGUGGAUAUAUUCAAAUAAGCAGAUUGAUUCAAAUAAUCAGUCUUGCCUCCGUCUAUUAGGACUUUAGUAUUUAAUAGAGGUGUCUUCUGAAGACUGUAGCGGCAGUAGACUCCUUUUGCUCUUGAAAAUUCAGUAUAAUUUGUAUUAUAUAGAUGUUCCAUGAGUAAGAGUGGAACACUCUGAGUGCAAUAGUGUGGUCUUAGAAUCUGGUAGAGGACAAUCCAUUCUCUAAACAGAAGAGCUUCUCCAACUGGAAACUCCUUGGGGAGCUCUCAGAAGACAGGUCUGAAUUUUAAUCUUUUGGAUGCAGUGGAAGUAAACAGAUUUUUUUUUAAAUGGAGUUUGUAGACAUCAGUGAGACAUGUUGAAAAGCCAUAUAUAAUGGGGAAUGGUCAAGCAUUAUAUAUUGGAGUGAAUAGAACCUACUUCACCAAAAGGGUUUUCAUUUCUGCACACUUCACACUACUUAUAAAAAUAGUAGUGGAUCAUUAUUGGGCUAAAAAGCUCAUCUUCCUAAUGGUACGUUUCAUAAGCAGCAAGCCAGUGCAAUUCCAUAAUAUUUUGGGGCAGUACCAAAGAGUAAAUUAACAUUAUUAUUAACAUUAUUAGCUUACUCCUAAUUGGACCGAAGAGUCACUAAGCACCAUAGUUUAAUAAACUAUUGAAUUUUGAAGACUGCUCAAGAAUGAGUAUUGUUAAUAAAGUUGGGCUCUUGUUGUAUUUCUCCUCAAAAUUACAAGUAAAACAAAAUCAUAUUAAAAAAUAAUGGGAAAUGGUUAUUAGUACUUUUAAAAUCCUUUUAAUUUUUUACUAACAUGAAAUUCAACACACUAUCUAUUGUAACUCACACACCAGUUGAGAGGCAUUGUAAAAAUGCCCCCCCCCCUUUUUUUUGCCAAAAUCAAGUUUUUUAACUACUUACUAAUUAUUCUGUUUCCUUAGGGCUACUUUGAAGUGUUUGAAAGCUAUAUCAGUAGCAGUUACUUCUAAACUUAGUGCAGAAUAUUUUGCUAAGCAUUUUACUAUAUGUAAAAUGUCCAACAUGUCCUACUAUGGUAUUUUAUAAUAAAAUCAAAUUCUCAAGUAUUCUGGCAUAUUACAUAUGAUUAUACCCAAACAUCACUUCCUAUCAGUCUAUUACUAUAUAUACAUAUUUUUUGAAAAAAAUACUGGGUGUUUUGGUCCUAAUGAGGAAGUAUAUUGCAAUAUAUGACUUUGUUUUUUUUAAAAGAAAUGAAAAUCCACGUAAGCGUUGGGCAGGGAAACUAGGUUAUGAUUGUAUAUGUUGUUCUCAAGGAUAAAACGGCAAGUGACAAUUCAGAAAGACACAGUCUUUGUGAGAGGUUAAUGUGCAGACCAUGACCAGGAAGGAUCAACUUAGAAACGCUCAUCAGAGUUUUGCUUCUGCUAUCUGUUGUUCCAAGGGCUGGAAGGACCAUUGUCAGUUGAAUCUGCCUCAGCUUUGCAGAGGGGCUUGCGAACAGUCCACUGCUUGGUGUAAUGAGCAGACUCAGAAACUUAGUGAUGCACCUUAUUCUUUUUCUCCUGCUUUUACAGUAUCCCCAAACCCUGUGAUCUUCCCAGUGUGUUUUCUGUAGUAGUUUUGUACUGUAGAAAAUAAUCUGCCAUAAACUGGACUUUAUUGUGCUGCAAGUGAUGUCUCUGGCUUAUUGCCCUCCUGCUCCACAUGGUCCACUUAAUAAUGUAAAACCUGUGAUAAUCCUUUGCCUUAAAGACAGAUGCUAAAUAUUUCUGUGUUCCAAUUAAUAAUUCUUAGCUUCACUGUUAAUUUUCCUUUAAAGCUAACUGUGGUGUCAAAUAAAAUAUUACACAA